AAUGCUAUAACCUUAAUUAAAAACUGAAAACAAGAUCUGAACUAACUAACAAUUGAUUUUAUUGUAUUUUAUUAUCAGAAUAUUUUUAAUCAUGUGCAUGACUUUGCCAUUAUUAAAUUGUUUUUAAUACAGAAUCUUUUAUUACUUUUAUAGUCAUUGUUGCCUUUAGUUAUUGAUGUCAGUUAUUUGUUCAAUAUUAGAUUUUUAUGUACUAUUUGACAUAACAAAGAAACAGUUCCACGAAUAGAUUCAAGUGGUCUUCAGACUCCUUAUCAGACAAUGACUCUACAGACUUGCUUACAGAAUCAAUUGUGUAAUAUUUGUUCCAGCAAUAUUUGCACUUUUCACGCUUAAAACUUACAGUGCAAAUGAAAACAACAAUAUAUUUAUACAACAAAUAUCUAUACAAGUAUCAAAGUCGAUAUUUGUCGACUUUGAUACUUGCAUAGAUAUUUGUCGGCUCAAUCAAAUCGAGCCUGCAACAUUUUCCAUUUUGCCGUGUUGGGCUUUCUUUAGGGAUACUAUUUUUCUCUAUAUUAUUUGAUACUUGUAUAGAUAUUUGUCGACUUUGAUACUUGCAUAGAUAUUUGUCGGCUCAAUCAAAUCGAGCCUGCAACAUUUUCCAUUUUGCCGUGUUGGGCUUUCUUUAGGGAUACUAUUUUUCUCUAUAUUAUUUGAUACUUGUAUAGAUAUUUGUCGGCUUUGAUACUUGUAUAGAUACUUUGUUGUUUUUAUUUGCUCUGUCACUUUUUUAUUAAUCAAGUGCUUUAAGUUUCUUUUAAUUGUUAAGCGAUUAUGAACAUGUUAUUUCAAACAGUACUUUCUUACAUUUCUCUAAUUUAUUGAUUUUUAAAAGUAGACACAACAUUUUUUCUUUAUUUACUUUAGAAUUCUAAAUACUAUUUAUGAUAUGCCAUUUUUAUAGUAACUUUUAUCUAACUAAUUAUAACUAGAUAUUUCAUAAUAAAUUUCCAAAACAGUUAAUUUUUUUUGGCUGUUAUUUCAUUUUAAAUUAUCGCCGAUAUUAUAUUAUGUUAACAAUAUUAAGUAUUUCACACACAUUUACGUGCGCACACAGACAAACGCACACAUGCGCGCACGCAUCCUUUCAACGACGAUAACCUAUGUUUUGAAUGUUACCAACCGUUAUGUAUAUUUACACAGAUAUAGAUCGGCUGUGACCAGGGCCUCGAUUACCCAUCCCAUAAAAUAUGAUUUACGGUCCAUUUAGACAAAUUCUAAACACAAAUAAAAUCACUCUCCAAUAUUAUCUUCUUUCAUCUAUUGUAUCUUCAGUGUAUUUAAACAUUUGACCCUUGCCUUUAAUCGAUUUGUACACAUUGUCAUUGAAGGUUUUGAAAGGAUUUAUUUUUUUUAGAAAUUUUGUACAUAUUUGCUUUCAAUGUAUCACUGCAAACAUCGAUUUAUUGGAUACGAAUGAAUUCAUGCGGAACUAACGAACGGCAAAAUUUACAGAAGCUGGCGUUCUCAUUCUUUGCUUAUCAAAUUAUUCAAUUUUGAUUAGUUCAGGGAAUCAAUGUUAUUAAUAACACAGAUAUAUAACUAUUGAAGCGAUGAAAGUUGUAGGGAACGUAUUUCUGAAGUUUUAUGUAAAUAUGUGAUUUAUUUAAUGCUUAAUGUCAUGUGACAAACACAACUUGCGUGCAGGUUAAAGGCAAUAUGUAAAUAUGUAAGACAAUAAAUAAAAAAAAAUUGAAUAAAAUGAAACUCGUCGCUGUUGUUAUUAUCUUUAAUAUCUUGAAAGGUGUCGUACUCCCCUCAUUUCAUAUAAACAAAGAUGGAUUAGAAAUACUUUAUAAUAUAACGGAUAUUUCAAAAUGUCAAGUUGGGGGUGAUAGAAUCCGGAGAAAAUUUGGCUUAAGUUUGCCUGACUGUGUGGAAGAAUGUGUGUUAAGACCUCGUUGUAAGACAUUAUGUUAUUGGAGGCGCAGUCAAAUCUGUGACCUUUAUCCAACUUUUCAGCCAAAUUUCAGCACUGGAGAUUGCAUUCGUGUCUCGGUAACAAAUAUAAGUGUAAUGAAGAUGCCAUGCGAUAGCUGUGCAAGUGGAAAGUUCUGUGAACAAUUUUCAAAAACCUGCACGUACUCAGAAUGUCCCAGUCAAUCAAUCGACACUGUUGUUGUUCUUGGAAACGUCAAUGCUGUAGGAAGCAAGAUUAGAUAUAGAUGUGCGGCAGGGUAUGACUUUACAGGCGGUGAAAGGUACAGUGUAUGUAAGCCUGAUGGUCAAUGGAAUGCUACUGCUAGCUGUACACCACAGAGAGCUGAUUGUGGACCUCCGCCAGCUAUUCCUAAUGGAGUUGCGUUGCUUAGUAAUCUAACUGGUACGUUAUCCGGAGAUACAGCAACCAUCAUGUGCAAUGAUUGGUACCAAUCAAAAGUAACAACUAUUUCAUGUAGUAACCUGGGAGUAUGGCAAACUGCCACAUGUGCAGAUUGCUACCUCACUACAUCAAGAGCAUAUUCAGGGUUGACAGCUAAAACAAUAACAGGAAAGACUUGUCUACGAUGGGACGCUUCUAUAAUAUCCCUACAGUCCUUUCAUGGACCCAGCCCUCUUUCCUGAGUCAACGCUUCAGCAGGCGAAUAAUUACUGCAGAAACCCCGAUACUGCGGAACAUCAGCCCUGGUGUUAUAUAGACUAUCUCACCAACUGGGAAUACUGCGACAUCAAAGAAUGCAUUUGAACCAUGUGUGUUUUUAGCUCAUAUAUUCCGGAUGAUUAUUAUUUAUUUUUAAUGGUCAAAAUUUAUUUCAAACAGACAAUUGUAUUUAAUAUGGAAAGUUCAUUGACCAAUGUGUACAAAAGUCCGAAUAAAUUGCACACAAAUUUAACACAAAAAUUAAUAAAGCUAACGCAAUACCAGCAAACACUAACUACCGAUAUAUUUUCAAUCAAUUAAAAAAGUAAAUUUACCGCGCAAUGGUCCCUGUAUGACAACACUCGUUGGUAAUUUUAUCAAAAAAAUCAAACUCUGCUUGUCAUUUAACGCAACAAGCGUAAAUAAAUGAUGGAAAGGGACCAUAACCG